AUGCAGCUGAAAAUACUCACAUCGCUGGCGGUCGGACAAGCCGGUAUACUUCACCACAUUACCACCAGCCUAAUCGCCUUCGAGCACACCCACGGCAGCCCCCGAAAACCACACACCCUCCUCUUUAUCGGCGGUCUCGGUGAUGGACUUGGGACGGUCGAAUACCUCGAAGACGUGGUCGCUGUCGAGUAUAUCCGCAAAUACAAGGAGCCGCACUAUGGACCUGGAAAAGUUGUGCUGAUGGGUCAUUCAACGGGCAGUCAAGAUGUGAUGCACUAUCUUUAUAGCCCCAAACCCCGGCCAGCGCAUCCGGUAUUGGACAAAUGCUGGGAGCCAGUCCUGCGGACUCCAGUCGACGGAGCUAUCAUGCAAGCUCCCGUCUCUGAUCGCGAGGCAAUUCUGUGGGUGGUCAAAUGUGGCACGGCCAGAGACAGCCCUGCCUCUAUGCGAGAAUUGUACAAGAAGGCGGUCUUUGAUGCCGAGCGAAACACAUACGAAGAGAACGAGUCCGUGGACACGAUCGUACCUCUCUCAGUGACUAGUCGAAUCGGAUACCCGGCCAAUGCACCCGUGAGCAGUCGUCGAUUCCUGAGUCUUGUCAGCCCCAAGAGCCCCGCAGAGCCAUCUGAAGAUGACCUCUUCAGCUCUGAUCUGACAGAUGCACGCCUCAGCGAAACAUUUGGUAGCAUUGGAAGUCGAGGACUGCUGGGCCAAAAAAUGAUGGUCCUGUACUCAGGGCGUGACCAGUCUGUACCUGACUGGGUGGAUAAAGAGGUUCUCCUCGAUCGGUGGGAGAAGGCUUCGAACGGGUGCGGGCGAGAUAUCUAG